CUAGCCGGUGGGUGGAUUCAAGCCACUUGUCCUUCAGCUCUCGUCGGAGGUAGACACGAUUCGCACAUAACAGCAACAGCACCGAAAACGUUGCUUGAUUUUGUUUGUUAUUUUCUUAAAAUUUUACAGUUGUGUUUUAGUGUGACUUAUCGACAGUCGGUGAUAAAAGUGAAGACAAAACACGUGCCACAAAAGAUGGCGCGCAAUCAGUGAUUUCAACGUCCGAACUAAGAAAAACAUCUUGACAAUAUGUCAGAUCGUGAAUUCGUUAUUGUGAUCGAAAGAAAUCCAUCGAGUAAUACGCACAAACACACAAUUCAUUUUAGCUAGUUACGAAUUUCGGAAGGACCGAGAAGUAUUAGGGCAAAAACGAGUGGAACGCAAACAAAAAAACAAAAGAAUAACUAGGAGCGUUCGUGCGUUCACCAGAGACCUUGAAAAAAUAAGACGGGAAGGAGAGAAGAAAGAGAGAAACAAGAAAAGAGUUUUUGGAAACAUUUCACGCAGUCAAGCAAAAGAAUCUGAGCAAGAAUGCCCAAGAUUUUCGUGUUGAGGAAUCGCUUGCAGGAGCAACAGGCUCGCCUUUUGGAGACGCAGAAAGGCCAACAGACCAAGAUCCGGUCGGACGAAUUGUCGAAUGAUUUCGAUGGGCUGCAGGAUCAACCCGUGGCUUUGAUUGUCGACAGAAAAUCGGAUAUCACCGCCGCUGUAGCCGCCAUUUCUCUUUCGGCUUCUACUUCCGACAAGGAUAAUUGCCCUCCACAACAGCCAGAUCAAGCAGAAAAAAGUGAAGAACUACCUGUAGCGGAAAAAGAGAAAGAGCUACAAGAAAAUGAAAAAGAGGAGGAAGAGGAGGAGGAGGAGGAGGAGUCGAUAGUGUCGCAACAACCGGGAUGCGGAAGGAGGUACUUGCCUUUCUUUGCUCAUCUGCAAAAGGAUCUGAAACAAUUGCCGGAGGUGUCGGCCGUGGUUGGUGAAGAUGAACCGACCACGCCCGGACCGUUGCGCUACGUUUCUGUCAUCCAAAGGACGCCGCUCUUCCGGCCGCGUGAACCCGAAGCCGAGAAGAAACGGGAAGUGCCCCAGCCGUCGCCCAAACCGAAAAAGGAGCCACACAAUGACGAAAAAACGGAAGAAGAAGAUGAAAUUGGUGAAGAGGAUGAUGCGGCGUUGCCAGUUCAAGAGGCGCCCAUCGAUUACCACGUGCCCAGAGCUAAAUCACCUGACGCUAUGGACGAGGCAGAAAGAACUCGAGGGGAUGUGCGAGAAACGGCAGCAUCCGCCAGGCGUCGGGCUCGAGAAGCGGCCGAUAACGGAGCCAUCGACAUGCGAUGCGUCCGUCCGCGGCUUUCCGCUUCGCCGAGGCGCCGCGGAGGCAAUCACCACGACGGCAAACCGAUGGAUGGAGAUAACGGCUGCGGAGGAGGUGGCAAUGGCGGCGGAGGCGGCAACAAUGGCGGAGGCGGUGGUGGAUACAAUAACAACAACGGCGGAGGCAGAUCUUACCAAAUGGGUGGAUCUGGCGGAGGCGGAGGCAUGUCGGGAUUUGGCGGUGGGAGCGACUCGGGUAACGGCGGUGGCAAUGACAACCACCUGCCCUAUGGCGAUGGAUCGCUGCCGCUGGACGGUUGCGGCAAUGAGUUUGAUUACACCCGGCUGGAACAGCUGGGACCGCUUCCGUCCCUCAACGAUGUCCUUCCAUCCAUGAGAUCCUUUCAUCCGAGCCUCUACGCUCGGCUGCAAGAGCCGCCCCGCUACGCCAAUCCGCCUGAUUUAGAUCGCCCGCCUGGGGGUGGCGGCGGAGGAGGACCCGGAAGUAACAGCGACCUUGAAGCCACCUUGACGUCGCUGACGUCGCUAACUAAUUUGAACCCGUUCAAUGGCAAUCUCAACCUGUACGGAAACUACUCGCAAAAUGCUUACAAUUUCACCAAUUCCGGACAUGGUGGACCCGUCACUGCCGCCCACACGCCCAAUUCCGGUGGCGGACCGAGUCCUUGCGGAGGAACUCAAGCGGAUUUGUUUGAGUUGGCCAACGAUCCCGACAUGUGCGCCGAUGAUCAGAACUCGUUCUGUCCGGAUGUCGACCAGAUUACCGGAUUGCAAUUGAGUUUCCCCGUCGAGUCGGGAGUUCACGUCAUUCCCGAACACCACCUGGCAACGCCGCAGCAGCAACAACAAGACCGAUUGUAUCAUCACCAACAACAGCAGCAGCAGCAGCAACAACAACAACACGAUCAACAACAUUCUCGAGUUUACGCAACGUCACCUGGCGGUUAUUCAUCGGUUUCUCAGAGCCACCGUCGCGGUGGAUCGCCCACCGAUUCUGACGGCCUCAGCGGCCUGGUCAAUUUCAGCCCGUCUGCGCUUUUGACGCCCCUCUCCAUCGAUCAAUCGCCUUUGAUGGACGUUCAAUUUGGUUCGUCUCAGAUGUCACCUUGUUCCAUCAAUUCCUCCUCUUCGCCGGUACCUCAUUGCGAGUCGUCCGCCGGCGGAUUACUCAACCGAAGCCUUCACGCUCACACGCCGGCUCCUCAACACCACCAGCAACAACAACAACAGCAGACGAAUAACAACAAUUCAGUCAUGUCCGUCGAUCAGUCGGACAACGAGUCCGUCUCUAACUUGCAAGUCCGUGUCUCUGUUCUCCAGCAGCGGGACAUUUCCGUACAGCUGGGAUUACCUAAUGACGCCCCCAUUGAAUUUGUUAAUGGCGGUCAUGGAAUUAAAAAUCCACUGGUGCACGAUAAUGACGGAAAAGAUUCUACCCGCGAUGGAUUCGAAUCCGAUUCCUCGUCGAGGACUCAAAUUCGCAUGAAAUCGUCGAAGAGAGGCAGCGGUGGUCGAGACGGUGCUAUUUCGGCCUGUUCGUCUUCGACGGCUGCCGACGGAAUGAACACCGGAGCCGAUCCCGACGACCCCAACAAAUUCACCUGCCGACUUUGCUCCAAGAGUUUCACGUUGCAGAGGCUGUUGAAUCGACACAUGAAAUGCCAUUCAGAUGUCAAGCGCUACCUGUGCACGUUCUGCGGCAAGGGAUUCAACGACACCUUCGAUUUGAAACGACACACCCGAACGCAUACAGGUGUCCGACCUUACAAAUGCGCUCUGUGCGAAAAAUCCUUUACGCAGAGGUGUUCGCUCGAGUCGCAUUGUCUCAAGGUGCACGGUGUCGCCCAUCAAUACCAAUACAAAGAACGAAGAGCGAAGGUAUACGUUUGUGAAGAGUGUGGUCACACAACGAACGAACCUGAGGUGCACUACGUUCACCUGAAAGAGCUCCAUCCUUACAGUCCGGCGUUGCUCAAGUUCUACGACAAGAGGCAUUUUAAGUUCACCAACAACAACUUUACCAACAUGUUGCUCCAAGUUCGAUCCUAACAACAAAACAACAAUUUCAUAAUCGUAAUCAACCGUAUAUAAUAUCCUCUCCUCCUGUUAUGUUUUACACUCUUUUUACACGACAGCAACACACACAACAUAUAACACGAAAUUUAUGAGCAAAUUGGUAUAUAGUGAUUUUUUAUUUGCUCGGUAAAAAUUGAUGGUUUUCUACUUUUUAUUUGAACGGUGGGGGGAAAAGAAGAAAAAAACUUUAAAAUUAGAAAGGUACUACAUGUUAUAUUAUACACUAUAUAGCAGACGCACAAACGUUUGUUCCUGUCUUUCCUUGUAGGUUAUCAUAUGGGUGUGUGCGUGUGUGUGUGUUUUGACUGUUUGGAAGAAGGGCGGAGGGCGUACAGAAAACAUUGACUCAAACACGCACACAUACGACACUGAUUUUUACCUUUUGGGUUCUACGUAUAGUUUCAUUUGCGAUUCAAGCACUAAGCAGAAAGAUAAAAAAAAAAAUCUUUAAAAGGUCCUU